UGCUCUCCAACCUGCCUUUCCAGUGGAGCUCCCGGUGUGAGCGGAUAGCAGAAGGGUGACAACCACGCAGCCCACAGGCUCAGAAAACACGUAAAGAUGCCUCCAAAGAAGGGAGAAGCCCCCAAACAGCCUCCAUUAAUUGGACGAUUUGGAACAUCUCUGAAAAUCGGAAUUGUUGGAUUACCUAAUGUUGGGAAAUCCACCUUUUUCAACGUGCUGACCAAAAGCCAAGCUGCUGCCGAAAACUUCCCAUUCUGCACAAUUGACCCGAAUGAGAGCAGGGUGCCGGUUCCCGAUGAGCGUUUUGAUUUCCUCUGCCAGUACCACAAACCAGCCAGUAAGGUUCCCGCAUUCCUAAACAUUGUGGACAUUGCUGGUCUGGUGAAGGGAGCUCACGCAGGACAAGGACUUGGAAACGCCUUCCUCUCCCACAUCAGUGCCUGUGAUGGCAUCUUCCACAUGACUCGUGCGUUUGAUGAUGAGGACAUUAUCCACGUGGAGGGAAACGUCGACCCGGUGAGAGACAUCGAGAUCAUCCACGAGGAGCUGCGACUAAAGGACGAGGAGAUGAUGGCUCCGAUCAUCGACAAGCUAGAGAAAACCGCCGUCAGAGGAGGCGACAAGAAGCUCAAACCCGAAUAUGAUAUCAUACUGAAGAUAAAGAACUGGGUGGUGGAUGAGAAGAAACACGUCAGAUUUUACAACGACUGGAACGAUAAAGAGAUCGAGGUUCUGAACAAAUACCUGUUCCUGACAUCCAAGCCCAUGAUCUACCUGGUUAAUCUCUCAGAGAAGGAUUACAUCAGGAAAAAGAACAAGUGGUUGGCAAAAAUCAAGGAGUGGGUAGACGCUCACGAUCCCGGCGCGCUGGUCAUUCCUCUGAGUGGAGCUCUGGAGUCGAAACUGUUUGACAUGGAGGAGGAGGAGAGGAACAAAUACUGUGAGGAACUGAAGACGCAAAGUGUUCUGACCAAAAUAAUAAAGACCGGCUAUGCAGCGCUGCAGCUGGAAUACUUCUUCACAGCGGGACCAGAUGAGGUGCGAGCGUGGACCAUCAGGAAAGGGGCCAAAGCUCCUCAGGCUGCUGGAAAAAUCCACACCGACUUUGAGAAAGGCUUCAUCAUGGCCGAGGUGAUGAAGUACUCUGACUUCAAAGAGGAGGGCAGUGAAAGUGCAGCAAAGGCUGCUGGGAAAUACAGACAACAGGGCAGGAACUACGUCGUGGAGGACGGGGACAUUAUCUUUUUCAAAUUCAACACACCCAAUGCACCCAAAAAGAAAUAACAAGACCACACAAUCAUCAAGGGGUCCAGGGGGGGGGUAACUCAGAAUACAGUUCAGUCGGGCCUCAAAGAGCUGCACUGUCUGCCGGUUUGAAUUCAGCAGAUCAACUUGUGGCCUGAGUGGCUGCAGUUAUUUGUACAACAAACACUGAUAUCAAAUGAUUCAUUCAAAUUUUCAAACCAUAUUCUAGCAUGUGUGGUGUCAGGACACAACGGGUGGAACUGCUAUGAAAAACAUGUAUGAACCCGCGACAGAAUGCAAACAUGCGUUUUCUUUGCUGCCACUGUUCAUGCGUUUUUAACAUGCAUCAGGCCUUUUUGAUGCCGUCUUUCAGAUUCUUUCGUUUCGCAGAGCGCAGACUUUUUCUGUUGCGGUUUAUCUGCAAGACAGUCUUUUAUCCCUUUGAGUAAUAACAACCUGUCUUUCUGUCAUUAGUUGGCAAUUGCAGCAAUGAUGGCAGCUGAUUAAUCGGCGAGCUCUCAGAUCCUAAUGAGCUUCUUAAUUAGAGUUUUAUUAAUGGCAGGUGUGCCUGAUCAGUAAACCAGCUGUUUUGUCCUAAUGUGAGUAUUAAGCAACAGUCUGCUGCAGGUGAAUUGGUUUUAGAUCUCUUUCCUCCGACAAUGAAAAAGGAUGUUAAAAUUUAGUUCCCUUAAUUACACUGUUAAAGUAUUCACAGUGAAGUUAUAAUGACUCGACUUGAUGUUUACCACAAAAUGCUAAAAUGUAUGGCGUCUACAAGCUGAGAAUAUAAGCCGCCAGUCAGUGUUUGACUCAGGGCACGACUGUAUUGUGUUGUGAGCAGAUGGGGUGUUACAGAGCAGGCCUCCCUGAUCGUGCCUGACCAGACACCCGAGCAGAGAACGGUGUUAUACAACCUGCUUUUAUUGACUUGCUUUGGUCUUGUUAAAAAAAAAAAAAAAACGAUAACAAAACAGACUCUUCACAUCAUGAACUCCACCCAGUGUAACAAGACAGUGCUUCAUUGUGGAUCAUCUGGACCGCACAGCCUCAGAACACAUCAUGUUUCACCUCCUCUUACUGCCUCCACAGUGUGAAUGUCUUGAUUUGCUAAAGUGCUCUCCAUCUCCUCAUUUUGCUUCACUGUGGAGUAAAGUAGAAAUCCUUUAAACCUAAAGGAGCCAGUGUAUGAUAAAUAUCCCCCUCAUCAAUAUGCACGUGUCAAUAAACGGAGACCAACCUGUC